CUUAAGUGUCAGUGGGUCUGUAGCAGUCCCGGGAGUUGUCCAGAAUCUAUCCCUCCCCUUGCAAUCAUAGAUGGUUCCCGCAAAAUGUACCCAGUAUGCGCGCUUCCCAGCUCAAUCUGUUGCCUUUCUCAUACCGUUUCACAGCAAUGUGAACCUAGCAGAAGGCUGGUCUGCUCAUUUUGAUCUUGUGUGACAGGCUCGUGUGCCCGUGCUUGGAAAGUUUCUGCGUUUAUUAAAUUCCAUGUUUCCUUGGAAACGCGACCCCGGUGAGGACACUAGCGUUCCAAAGGAUGUCGGUUUCAUUGCACUCUGCAGUCUGUUUGGAUAUGAACCUGCCAGGAUAUCAGCCGUCUAAUAACAAGACUGACUGCUCACGUGAGAGUCGGUUUGUCUAACUUUGACGAACUGCUGUAACGGUCAAAGGCUUUUCUGUUGGAUUCUGCAACCCUGGGAUGUGCUAAUUUUUAACCGUAUUCGUACUAAUAUGAGCUUUGAGGCAGAGGCGGAUCCGGUCUGCAGCGCUACAGAACCAGACCCGCAGGGAGGCGCUACAAUUUCAAAUCAAAGUAGCAUACGAAAGCACAGCACAAGUGGUUUGAAAGGAGAGUACCACACCGGGGCUACCCAAGAGAACGAGAAAGAUGCCAGAGAAGGGUCUGGUGUAGAUCAAAACCCGGGAGAGGGGCGCAGUGGAUGCGGUGACGCGAAAGACAAGUGUCGCUGUGUAGACAGUGGUGAAAAGGUGCAAGAGGAAAGUGGGGAGAGUCCCAGUAAGGCGGACACAUCACACUCUGACUGCAGCAGUGAGAACAGCAGCCCAACUCCAAGCUGCAGAAUUUGCUUUCAAGGCGCAGAGCAGGGAGAAUUGCUGAAUCCUUGCCGCUGUGAUGGGUCGGUGAGAUACACUCAUCAGCAAUGCCUUUUAAAAUGGAUCAGUGAAAGGGGGUCAUGGACAUGUGAGCUGUGCUGUUACAGAUACCAAGUAAUCGCAAUCAAAAUGAAAAGGCCAUGUCAGUGGCAGGCUAUCACAAUAACCCUGGUUGAGAAGGUUCAGAUCAUUGCUGUCUUCCUGGGUUCCCUGUUCCUGGUAGCAAGCGUGACUUGGCUCCUGUGGUCUGCUUUCAGUCCGAAUGCAGUGUGGCAAAGGAGGGACGUCCUGUUUCAGAUCUGCUAUGGAAUGUAUGGGUUUAUGGAUUUAGUGUGUAUAGGUUUAAUUAUUCAUGAAGGAACUGCAGUUUACAAUGUAUUCAAGCGAUGGAGAGCUGUUAAUCUGCACUGGGACGUGCAGAACUAUGAUAAGACUACAGACGUGGAGGAAAAUAGCAGUCACGGAGAAUCCUCUGCCAGCAGGACUCUGUGGUUACCCCUCACUAGCUUCAGGCCCAGAAGUUCCAUCCCCCCGACUCAAAUAAGGUCUCAUCGACAUCACUGUGGAUACUCCAUACUGCACCUGUGCUCCAGGUCGACAAGCCAGGAAGUCAACAGUGAAGAUAACAGUUCAGGGGAGGUGGUGAUAAGAGUAACUUCAGUAUGAAGAUGUUGCCAUUACUACAUUUAAAAGUGAAUGCCUUUAUCAAUGCUUACAGUGAAUGUGUUUUGACAUUAUUAAACAAGUGGAUCCAUUUGGGAUGGGGAGGGAUACAAGCUAAUACAUUUUAUAUGAAGAGAUUUCUUUUAUAUUGUCAUUGAAUUCCAAAUACAUUUUAUAAAAAUUACUACAGUGAAUGUACAUUUUUGUAUGAUUGGGGCGUAGUGUUAAGUGUAUUCUUUAUAGGAUUUAGUAUACACACCAAAUAUCACAAACUUAUCCUACAUACAGGUUUGUAACUGACCCAUACAGUAUAUGUAUGUAUGUGUGUGUGUGUGUGUGUGUGUGUGUGUAUAUAUAUAUA